AACACAAAUGAACAGUGAACACGUCAAGUCAGUUUUUUUUAAUAGCGAUUGAAACGAAAAGAUGUUUUAGAGAUGUAUUUGUUGACAAUUUUCAUAUUCUUCAGUGCUUUAUAAAUCUAAUGAAGUGAAGUUUUGGUACACGAGUUAAUAUAAAAAUGAAGGCAAUACUAGCAACUGUAAUCAGCCUGGCCCUAACAACUGUGGUUAUUGGCAAUGCCUAUUAUCAGAAAAAACAGUUUUAUCCUUCAAUAGUUUACCUUACAAACUCGAAUCCUAGUAUGGCUGUAAUGUAUUUGCAAGCUUUCAUACUAGUACUUCUUGUUGGUAAGUUAUUGCGAAAAAUAUUCUUUGGACAACUUCGCCCUGCAGAAUUUGAGCAUUUAAUAGAAAGAUCCUGGUAUGCCAUAACCGAAACAUGCUUAGCAUUCACUGUGUUUAGAGAUGAUUUCAACCCAAAGUUUAUAGCAUUAUUCACUCUAUUGCUAUUCUUAAAAGCAUUCCAUUGGCUUGCAGAAGAUAGAGUUGACUAUAUGGAAAGGAGUCCAGUGAUAGGAUGGGUGUUCCAUGUGAGAAUUUUGAGUCUGCUAAUGUUGUUGGCUCAGGCAGAUUUGUAUUUCAUCUUCCACGCAUAUCAAGUUACUGCAACCAAAGGCCCAUCUGUGCAGCUUGUAUUUGGCUUCGAGUACAGCAUACUGAUUAUUAUGAUUGCAAACAUUCUGAUCAAGUAUGCUCUACAUGCAAUUGAUUCACGUUGGGAGACUCCAUGGGAGAGUAAAGCGGCAGUUCUCUUAUAUACGGAGUUGGCAAUCAACUUUUUGAAAGUGCUUCUGUAUAUCGGCUUUGUUGCCGUUAUGGUGCGCAUCUACACAUUGCCCCUCUUUGCUUUCCGACCUAUGUAUGAGACUAUGAGGAGUUUCAAGAAGGCUUACAAUGAUGUGGUAUUGUCCCGGCGUGCGAUACGAAACAUGAACACUCUGUAUCCAGAUGCAACGGCCGAAGAGCUCGCAGCCGCUGAUAAUGAAUGUAUCAUUUGUCGUGAAGAAAUGCACUCAGGUGCCAAGAAAUUGCCGUGCAACCACAUAUUCCACGCGGCGUGCCUCCGGCUGUGGUUCCAGCGGCAGCAGACCUGCCCCACGUGCCGCCUGAACGUGCUGAGAGCUCCCGCUCCGGCCCCCGCCCCCGAGGCGGUCCCCGCUGCCCCUCGCGCCGCCCCCGCCGCAGCCCCACCGCAACCAGGCAACGUUCCUCCACCCUUUCCCAACAUGCCACCACCACCAAUAAUGUCGUGGGGUAUACCGCCGCCGCCACCACCUCGGCCCGCGUCUCUCGCUACACUCACCACAGCUGAGCUCCAACGUAUGGAAGGCACCGAACGUAGGAAUAUUGAAGCGAGGUUACAGUUGUUACGCGAAAUUCAAGCUAUGCUAGAUGCCUCGGUGCUCCUGAUGCAGCAAUACUCGGCGGUGGUCACCAACCUUCCACAGAAUCAGACAACAGUCGCUACUCAAACGGACGCGCCACCCUCUGAACCGGUUGAGGUGAGUAAAGUGAAAGUGAAAGUGGAACCGGACGUGGUGCCGUCAACCUCGAGCCACCAGCCAACGGACUCUGCCUCCGAUGCACCUGCCUCUAGAGAUAAGACUGAUGCUGAUGCCGAAGAAUUAAGGAGACGUCGACUACAGAAAUUCACAUUGGACAAAUGAGCUUGUUGUUAUAAUAUUUCUGUUCUAAUUUCCUUACUUACUAUUAUUUAAUGUACAAAGUGUUCCGGUAUGUGUAAGCAUUGUGUAUUCUAUUUUAAAAUAUAUGUAUUUAUGUUCUUGUAAAUAUAAUGCGAUAUAUACAUGAAUACAU